AUGGACGACGUUGCUUUGCAAAAAUUGCAGGUGAGUACAAUGCUCGAUACUGGCUUGCAAUUCUGGCUUGGUUAUGGCCAUGUUUGCUAUAAUGGUAGUGGGACUUUCGUAAUAAAUCUGGAAGAGGAAUCACCGACAUUUUGGUUUGAAAUGGGACAAGAGGAUCUUCAAGACUCUUUGCGUGUUGUUCCGAACACCAGAAUCGCAAAAAACCUAAUCAUCUUCGUCGGUGAUGGAAUGGGGGUCAGUACUGUCAUGGCAUCAAGGUUAUAUCAAGGACAAAGAGAGGGCAGAGUUGGAGAAGACAGUCAACUUAGCUUCGAGAAAUUUCCGUACUUGGCACUUUCAAAGACAUACAGUGUUAGUCAUCAAGUACCGGACUCCGCAUCUACAGCAACAGCUCUAUUCACUGGGACUAAGACGAAUUCUGCUAUGCUAGGAGUUUCUGGAAGGGCUAAGGCCAACGACUGUGAUUCAAUGUUCGGAAAUCAACUCACAUCCAUCUUAGACUGGGCACAAGAAGCUGGCAAGGAUACGGGUUUAGUGACUACUACACGUGUCACUCACGCAACACCUGCAGCUCUCUAUGGUCGCAGUCCUCAUCGUGACUGGGAAAACGAUGCCAAGAUGCCGCCAAACGCGACAAGAUGUAAAGAUCUUGCCAGACAGCUCGUUGAAGACAUGCCCGGAAGAGACCUUAAAGUCAUUCUGGGAGGCGGCAGGAGCCAGUUUAAACCUAUCACUUACCGCGAUCCAAAAUCAAACAAGACUGGCAACAGGUUGGAUGGUCAAGAUCUAAUCGACUAUUGGACCAAAGAGAAAGCAAACCGGAACGUUCGAGCAAAAUAUGUAACUAGCGCCGAUGAGCUUGCUGCCGUUAAUAGAGGAUCUGUUGAUUAUCUCUUAGGCUUAUUUAACCAUGAACAUCUAAAAUUUGAAGUGGAUAAGAAAAAAGACCCGAAGGGUGAACCUUCUUUAACGAUGAUGACUAAAGCAGCAAUUAAUAUGCUCCAAAAGAACAGCAAAGGAUUUUUCUUGAUGGUCGAAGGUGGAAGGAUCGACCACGCUCACCACAGCAACAACGCCAUCCGGGCGCUCUCAGAAACAGUUUCGAUGGCCGAGGCCGUGCAAGCUGCCGUCAACAUGACAUCCUCGCGGGACACACUGAUCGUCGUGACGGCAGAUCACUCCCACGUGCUGACAGUCAACGGCUAUCCCAAGCGCGGGAACCCCAUCCUGGGAAUCGCCGGCACGUCAGAAAAAGACAACAAAACUUACACGACACUGAUGUACACGAACGGGCCGUCCUAUCAUAUGGUUGACGGUCAGAGAAGAAAUCUCAACGGUACAAAUACUGGUUCAAGAAGUUUCUUCCAAGAUGUAGCGAUCCCGUUACCAGACGAAACCCACGGUGGAGAAGACGUUCCAAUAUACGCAACAGGUCCCAUGGCUCAUCUAUUCAGAGGUGUUGUCGAACAGAAUUACGUCGCACAUGUCAUGGCAUACGCCGCUUGCAUUGGAAGGAACAAAGAACACUGUCAACGCGUUGGAGAGCGGCUACCACUAGUAGAACUGCUCCACAACAGUUAA